CGACUGAGUAAAAGUCAAGAUGGCGACCGAGGGUCAGUUAGAGUACGAAUCGGUCCUCUGUGUCAAACCUGAAGUCAACGUUUACCGAAUCCCACCGAGAGCAUCUAACCGAGCUAUCAGGGCUGCCGAUUGGAAGCUGGAUGCUCCUGACUGGACAGGACGCAUGCGUGUGACAGCCCGGGGCAAAGUGGCCUACGUGAAGUUGGAAGACAAAAUCUCUGGGGAAUUGUUUGCCCAGGCGCCAGUGGAGGAGUACCCUGGCAUUGCAGUGGAAACAGUUAGUGACUCAAGCCGUUACUUUGUGCUUCGCAUCCAGGAUGACAAUGGCCGCAGUGCGUUCAUAGGCAUUGGAUUUGGAGACCGAGGUGAUGCCUUUGACUUCAAUGUUGCACUUCAGGACCACUUUAAGUGGGUGAAACAGGAAAAUGAACUUACCAAGCAGGCGCAGGCUCCAGACUCCACUCCGAAACUGGACCUGGGCUUCAAAGAAGGACAGACCAUUACUCUCAAUAUUGGGCAAUCAAAAAAGAAGGACAGGUCUCGUCCGCAGAGUUCAGGUGGCAUUGGGCUCCUUCCACCUCCUCCUGGGGGCAAGCUAGCCCCACCACCUUCAUCCAGAUCUACCAAUCAUAACACACAACCAUCUGCUGGAGGAAGUGACACCGGUAGGUUGUUUGCUAGAUCUGGACUCCAGUAACUCCAACUCAGUGGCUCCGUCCAACCCCACCACCACAUCUAGCUCUGACCUCUGGGGAGACUUUGACUCUGUAUCCCCGAAGUGAGGAGAGAUUCACUCUCUGUCCUCCCUCAUCUCUCUGUAAAUUUAUGCAGCACUUUUUGCAACUUUGUUUUCCCCUUUAUGGGGUCCCCUAUCUCUCCCUGCCAAGCAGGGUUAACCCCCUGUACUAGUUUGUUUAUAUCUUAGUUGAGUUUCUCAUGUCCUAUCGUAAAGUAUACAUAGUAGGAAUAUGAUCAAGGGAGAUAUAAUCAAAAACAUCUGGUGAUGAAAACUAGUAAAAUAUAACAAUGAAUGAAUUUUAUGUACAGAGAAUAUUUAUUUUAAAUGUAUAUAUUGUCAGUAGUUUGUAAGUAUUGCCAUUGGUGUUGCCACCUAUAUCUACUGUAGGUUAUUUUUCUUCAAGUCUCCGGCAGUGGGACUGACGAUAUGCACUGACUGACAGUCUAGUCUGUCUUUGUAGUUAGUAAUGCAUAGUCUGCAUUAAACGCAGGGAUUAUCGAAUAAUAGAUUUAGGUUAUUGCGAAGUUUACCACAAAAUGAUUUUACUUGAAAGAAACAUGUUAAGAUGUAACUGAUUUACAGAGUAGAUGUGCUCUCUAGCACUCUCUAGUGGACUGUUGUGGCUCUACAGCGUCAUUUAACGAGAGGAGAUGUCAAAUUUAGAUGCAGCUGUUGAUCACAUGUUUUGCUUGGGAUGGGUCCUGAUCAUUGUGUGAAUUGUUUUAAACUGUAAAUCAGAACAAAGAGACAGGGAAGUAGGAAUGUUGGAUGCGAUAGGGUCUUAGCAAAGGAAAGUGAGGCAUCAAGUGCUUUAAUCUUUGCCUCAAGGGGAAAUAGAGAUGAUUUAGUCCAUGUCAUGUCAUCUCAACUCAGCACAGCUGUUAAAGCUGUGACUGGUGAAUCAUUUAGGUUGUGACCUCUUUCCUCUUCAGUGAAUAGGUCUGUGUCUCUGCACCGUCCCGUCAGUCUGGGGAGAGCAUGUUCACCUUAAUUCUUCAUGGGAAGGUGAGCCGGUUGUAGAACUCAACCACAGCAUGUUGUACUGUACAAACAAGUUUUAACUGUGAACUUCAAUUCCAUGUUAAGAUCUGAUGUUAUUAAUGGUGUUCUGAUGCAAACAAAUGCAACGUGGGACCAAGUUAGUCUGUGUUUGAUGCAGUGUUUUGUCGUGAUAUUGUUAUGUACCAAGAGAUGGAUCAUGUUACACUGAUAUCACAUGCACAUGUGUUGUGACAGGUGUGCAGUGACAAGCGGUGUGAUGAUGGAUGUUGGCUGUAACACACCGAGUGUGUGAGUGUAAAGCCCCAAUGAUGUUUGUCAGUGUUUGUUUACCGUUCAAAUUAUAUGCAUUUCUCCAAAAUGUUACUUGUUAUUCAAACUGUAUAUGUGUAUGGAAAAGUAUAUGGAAUUGAAUAUGCAAAGAAAAACAUAAAGAUAUCACUUAAUGACCAUAA